AUGGGCCUGGAGAAUGUUUGCUUCCGCAACAGCGCCCCGCACCAGCCGAAGAUGUUUCCGGCACUGAAUAUCGCCGUGAGCUGCCCACUGCCUGAUGGAAUCUCUCUGCAAGAGGUCAAGAGCUGGAUUUACAGGCUCGGCGGUGGCUACCAUGAGCGGGUUCACGAAACGACACAAGUUUUAUGUUCUACGGACCACAGAAUUCGAGAUUUGCACAAGGAUGCCUUCCGCGCCAUGCAGCUGAAGGCGGCUAUCGUUCCUUUCGAAUGGCUUCAAAGAUCAUACGACCAAGGCAAGUUUCUGCCCAUCGCGUUCACGAGCAGCUUUCCUCUGCCCGAAGGAGGUAACAGCUACGACAGUGUGCGCAGCGCCAUUGUCAGGCUAGGUGGCACUCACAGGACUGGCGUACGGCCAGAUGUCUUGACGCACUUCUGCGUCACCGAAAAGGAACUCAAUCGGCACGACUCGCUCGUCCAGCACGUCCUCAUGCAUGAUCCACGACCCGACCGGGAGCCGCUCUGGAUAGUCAGCCAUCAAUGGUUGACCGAAUGCCUGGAGCAUCACGAACGGGUUGAAGAGAGCAAUUUCACGUUCCCGAGCUACAGUCACGGUGGGAGCAUCCAUGGCACCGGCGGCGAGGACAGCCAGAGCGAGGAGUCGACAUAG